AACAGGUUUAGCCGGGACUGGUUUUGGCCUUUGAGCUGAACAGGGCAGGGUGGAGACCAGGAAUGUAACGCGGCGCCCUCACACACUCGGUGGACAGGGGGAAGCGAGUCCCUCCGCGGUGAAGAGAAAAGUUUCUUCACCGGCUACGAUCAACCGCCUUGUUCACGAUUCAAAGACUGUACCCCCUGCUUCAACAUGGCCCAUCGCUCUCAGUGUUCUUCAGUGGGAGAAAACCCACUGGAUCCUAACUAUCUUCCACCGCAUUAUCGGGAAGAGUACAGACUGGCAAUAGAUGCUUUGGUGGAAAAUGACCUCGAUGGAUAUUAUAAAUUUCUGCAAGAUGCCAAUGUUGUUGAGUUUCUGUCAAAGCCAGAGAUCGAGCACAUUAAAAAUAGUCUGCACUUGCCACAAAGUGUUGGAUCUUUACCAGAGCUGCCUUACCAUGAAGUAAAUGAUGAGGGGUCAUCAGAUACUUAUUGGCCACUGCACUCUGACUUGGAUGCACCAGGAUUGGACCUAGGUUGGCCAUUGCAACAACACUGUUUUAUUGGGCCCACAGAAGUCACAACACUGGUAAACCCUUCAGACCCUGAAAUGCCCAGCAUCAAGGAGCAGGCCAGACGGCUAAUCAAAAAUGCACAGCAGGUCAUUGCUGUAGUAAUGGACAUGUUCACGGAUGUUGACAUAUUUAACGAUCUACUCCAAGCUGCUGAGCGCCAUGUGCCCAUUUAUAUACUUCUGGAUGAACAGAAUGCCCAUCACUUUGCUGCCAUGGUGGCCAGCUGCAAAGUUAACUUGGAUAUGGUUCAUAUGAUGCGGGUGAGGACAGUAGCUGGCAUUACAUAUUUCUGUCGCACAGGGAAAUCAUUUAAGGGACAGUUGAUGGACCGCUUUCUUCUAGUUGAUUGUAGAGCAGUGCUCAGUGGAAAUUACAGUUUCAUGUGGUCUUUUGAGAAGAUACAUCGUUGCCUUGCUCAUAUGUUUUCUGGAGAGCUUGUGGCAUCUUUUGAUGAGGAAUUUCGCAUUCUUUUUGCUCAGUCCCAGCCCCUUGUUGUUGAAAAUGCUCUUGUACCUGUUCCAUCCGAUAGCAGUAGUGGAUACAUAAGCAAUCAGUUUGGGUUGAAAAGGUCACAGUCACAGAGGAAUCCCCAAGGAUUUCGACGCCAGACUGAGCUUAUGGCAUACCCUUUUGGAGAUCGCAAUGAGUCUGCUAUGCCCUUUAAGAGGGAUGAUCCGUUCCGCCACACCGUUGAACCCGGAGGUGCUUUGCAUGUCAGCAAAUUUGCUUCACAGCAGUUCAGAAUGCAACAGUCCUUCCUGGAGCCUGGCCGACCACUUGCUUCACGACAGCUAGAUAUGAACACAUAUAAAAGGCACAGCUAUGCAGAAGGCACUUGUGAGAGCUACUCGUCUUCUCGACAGUACAUGAAGCAACGAGUCAUGAACAACUUGGAAGAGAUGGAAGCACAUUUCCAGAGAGACCAACAGUUCUAUCACAGUGAGGGUAUGGGACCAGAAACUGGACAUGGACGCUUUGACCCACUACGGAGCUCUGUUCCUCACCAGCUAGAUCGUUACUCUGACCACAUGUAUCAACCAGAACUUGAAGCACCUGUAAGCCAAAAUGUCUUAUCUUCUGAUGAUCUCGGACAUGAUCUAGAAAGCAAGCAUCAUCAGGGUGGUGGUCAUUUUGCACAACCAAGUCAAAAAAGACCCAGUGUGGGACAAGCUUAUACCUGUCUGAACUCACCCACUCAUCCUCAAGACCACAAGCAAAUGUUUACAGGUGGAGAGCAGGGAAGGUCAACCCAAGACCCGAGUGUAAAGCAGGGGUUACGAAGCUGGAGAAUCAAUUCCUAUCUUAGUGCAUUUGAAAAUGCUGGUGAAGAAGGCUUGCAACAACCUUUAGGCCCUGAUGCCUUUGAUGAGCCACACCAACCUGAAAUCAGAGCAAAAUACCCAGAGGCAUCGGGGCUUUCUUUUAACACACAAGAAAUAACUAAUACACAAAGUAAACAUAAAAUAGAUUUUAGGCCCCGCUAUGGUAAACCCAUUUUACCAGACAGAGACUUAGAAAAACUUAUUGGUUCUGAGCAGACUUCUGCAAGAAAAGCACUUACAUCAACAGAACCAGAGAAUGAAAAAGAAAAGGAUUCAAACAUUCCAAAGGAUAUCAGCAUCACCAAGCACGAAUCCUUCCGAAGCAAAAUCAACCCACUGCUGCAAAGGAGUUCCCGGCUACGUUCGUCCCUCAUCUUUAGCUCAUCUAAGGUAGAGCAACACAGCUCCACAACGCUUCAAGAGGACGAAGACAGCAAGCCAAUCAAAAAAUCUUCCAUUGUAGCAGAGAUUUUAGAGAAGAGAAGAUCUUUUUCUAGGGAACCUUUUGACUGGAACAAGCACAAAAAGACAGAAGAAAAAGACAGAAAUGCCCCUGCACAAGAACUUCUAAAACCAGUGACUUCUAAACCAGAGGACACCAAAGAGGUGACUUCUAAACCAGAGGAUACCAGUAAGACGACUUCUGCCAUGGACACCAAAGAUAUCAAAGUGGAAUCUAUUAAUCCUGUACCUGAAAAACAAGACCUGCAACCAGAGGCAAAACCGACAACACCUUCGCUGACCUUGACUGAUCCAGCAAGCCGUCUGCAGUAUUUUAAUGAACUGUCUCAAAAGAGAAGAGAGUCAAAAUCAGAUCUAGAAUUUUUUACUUUUAACAAAAGUCAAGAACCACAGCCAAAAAAGCCAGACAUUACUGAAAAUCCAUCAAGUUCAGCAACCACAGUUUCGUCUGUUGACAUAACGAUUACAGAACCCAUCUCAACAACAAUACCAGCAGAUUCUGCUACAAAGCCAUCCGUGCUCAUAUCAAACUCACAGCCGAGUGACAGCUCAGUGCUGACAGAUGAAUCCACAGAUGCAACAAAGAAAGACACAGCCAAGGAACCACCAAGACCAACCAAGCCUCUUCCGUCACCAAAGUUUUUUAAGAGAGAUGCACUCAAACCUUUCAAAAGUCCUAACCAACGCCGCAUCUCAUGUGGUGAUGAUAUUCUUACAGAUGCAACAGAUGCUGAAAAGAGUGAAUUUAAAAAGUCUCGAAGCUUCAGCACAUCAGGCAUGACACGAUCAGAGUCUAAGGAAAGUCUUAACUUAAGCCGACAGGGCUCCAGCAUGUCUCUUAAUGUCACAGAGGGCAAAGACACAAAGCCCCUUGACUUUUUUAAGAAGCAUACACAGAAACUAAAGGGCAUUCUUGCACCCAAAGGAGAGAAAAAAAAUGCAGCAGCAUCAGUCACAGCUAAGGACGAGCAAAUGAAAACUGUACCAGAAGUAGCAGAGGAGCCACCCACCAAUGUAAAAGAAACAAACGCUGACUUGACGUCAGCGUCAACUAAGAAUUCCAAGUCAACAAAUAAACCAAGUCAAUCGCGCUAUCAGUCCUCCACCUCUAAUGUCUUAUUUAGCAGCAACCUGAGAGAUGAUACCAAGGUAAUCCUUGAACAAAUUUCUGCGAACAGACAGGAGCUUACCAAGCAGGCAGAAGAGACUGGAAGUGCUGAGGGGGGAAAAGGAGGUCACGUUUCAAACCUGGAUCGUGAGCCAUUCCAGCGUUACCAGACCCGGAACCGGUUCACCCGAGCUCCACCUAACCCACAAGAGCGGGAUACCUUGCUAAAGAGAAUAGAGAGCAUGCGCAAAGAGAAGAAGGUCUACAGUCUCUUUGAGAUUGGGAAUAACCUUGGAUAAUGAAACAUGCUGGAGGGGCAUACCAUCUAUGAAACAGUCUGAGACCACAGAACUCUAGAAUGUGCCAGACCUUGAUGUAAAAAACGCCACAGCGCACAGAAACAGCACAACCUCAUAUAGGAGGGAUCUUUCUGAAGCAAAGAAAUAGUCCUCAGAUUGUGCCAAUAAGCUUUCAGUCGACAGACUGAAAUAUAUAUCUAUCUAAAAAAAAAAAUCAGCAGACAAUGCUUUGUGUUAGGAAACAAACAUGAUUGCAGAAUGGAUAAACCACAACCAGCCAAAUGGAAUUUUAUAAGGCUUUAUGAUGUGUGUUGAUCGGAGUUCAGUGUUUGUAACAUGUCAAUAUAACUCCAUUUUAGGUGUGGCAAAGUGGACUGACAUGCCUAGACAGAAUUCUAAGCACGAGAGGAAAAACUCUCUCUCCAAGACACGUCAUGCUGGAACCACGCCUGUGGCUUAGCUGUGCCAACGGAAUACAGCCAUUAAGAAGUCCAAGCAGGACUGGUUUAAAACAAAACCUCAGCUUACGAGGAAGAAACAAAGCAAUAUUAAGAUGUACAAAAGUGAAUGUUAAAAGAGCUUAAGAAUUGACUGAGGAUGUGGGUGGAAAAUCUCAACAUGAGAUUGAAAGGAAUAUGUAGAAAGUUGUUCAAAAGUUUGCUAAGACAAUGAAGGUCACUAUUAAGAAAACAAACUAAAAGUUAUUAACAGAAACGGUAUUCCCCUUGUAGGGGCAAAUAUGUUCUUAUCCUAACCGCAACAAAGAUUGACAUGUUAAAGGAUCUUCCCAUUGUGCUCUCUAUCAUACUGAGACAGUGAAAUCAAUACAAGCAUUAUCUGCUGUAUAACCCAGAUUGUCCUAGAAUUUGUUUUUUUAAGUCAAAAUUAUAUUUUAACACAUACUUUUUACAGUUACUUCUAGUUUUACUGUCUCAAUAACUGGAGGACAAUGUACAAACCCCAUUUCCGUAGAAGCUGGAACACUAUUAUAAAAAAUAUAAUAAAACCUAAAAACUUCUUAACUAACAAGGGUACAAUGAAAACAUUUUCAAUGUUUUUACUGACAAAACCUAAUAGUAUUUUGUAAAUAUAAAUAAAAAAAAUAGAAUGUGACGCCUGCAACACACUCAAAAAAGUUGGGACAGAGGCAAAAUAAAGUUACACAAGUAACACUGUUCUGGAAGGUUCCUCAAUAGCAGUUCUACUGGUAUCAGGUGAGAUCAUCAAGAUUCAGUAUAAAAGGAGCAUCCACUAAAGGCUUAGUCUUUGCAAGCAAGGAUGGGUCAUGGUUCAUGAAAGGAUUGUCAGUCAGCUGAAAAACAAGAUUGCAACGAAUUUCUUUCACCACCUACAGAUCAUAUCAUUAAAGGAUUCAGGGAGUAAGAUGCAGACGCGUAUGGAGAGACAAAUGCUACCAUCAAGACGACAUCUUUUUCUUGGAACUUGAUGUCUAUUUUAGCUGGACUAUACUAGACUUCAUUUUCCACAAAUUACAACAGUGUGGCUUCAUAGAGAGAGAGAGAGAGUAUGCACUUGACUCAAAUCUGACUACUACUGUAAAUGUAUGGCACAUUAUGAAGCUGUAGAAUAGUGGUUAAGGUACUGGACUAGUAACCAGAAGGUCGCUGGUUCAAGCACCACCACUGCCAGGUUACUGUUGCUGUUGGGCCCUUGAGCAAGGCCCUUAACCCUAAAUUGCUCAGACUGUAUACUGUAACUGUAAUGUAAGUCGCUUUGGAUAAUAGCGUCUGCUAAAUGCCGAAAAUGUAAAUGAAGAGGAAAAUUAGACGAUGAUGAGCACAGACUUUUGAGCAGCAAAAGUUUGUAUCCAGCAAGAACAGAACUCUACCUACAACACUGCAACGAUUUAUAUAAAUUCCCAAACGAUUAAGGUGAUGUUACCUAGUCGUGAACAUGCCUCUGUCCGCCUUUUUGAGUGUUUUGCAGGCAUCAAUUUCUAAAUUUGUUUUUAUUUAACAAAUAGAAAGUGUCUCAACUUUUUUUGAAAUGGGGGUUGUAUGUAAAUAUGACUUUGUAUUGACCAUGCCAUUACAAACAUAUUUUAUUAUACAUGGUUAGUUAUAUAAUGUCUCAGGUCUGGGCCUAGGCUCAAUAAUGUCAAUGCAAAGUUUUAAUUAUAGUACCAGACAAACAGGUAUUACAGAAUACCAAAGAAAACUAUGCACCCAACAAGGUGCAUGCUGUAAAAUAGUAGUGUUUGAUAAAGUCUGAUCAAAUUUAAUAAUUGGUACAGUGUUGAUUACCAAUAACUUGAGGCAAUUGUCAUUUUUUUUAUUUUGGAAAAAUGUAGUCAAGUCAUUUUUGUAUUAUGUGAAUAAAUGAAAAGAAAGAAUUGUAAA